CAAGUGGCCAGCCACACUCAGAGUGGCCCGCCCAAGGCAUCGAGGCAAAGGUGGCCAAGGUGGUGGCCCUCCCAAGGAACCUUGGACGGCUCCCUUAGUCGGCAUUUUUGAUCGACCCCUCGAAUGUUCCGAAGUCUCGCAUCCCACAUUGACUUUUCGUAAGCGAGCACUAGUCUAGAAGGCUGACCACCUCACUUGGACUACCUUGGUGAUUAAUAUUUAAUAACUUUCUUCUGAUUUCAUGAAAAGUUAUAGUUAGCGGUUCUCUCUAAGACACAUCAUUCCAAUUGUUUAAAUCCUCAUUGGCAACUCUGACACUGUUAAACUUUCUACAAAUUCCCAGCUGUCCCGCAUAGAAAACACUCUUGGGGUCAACACUGCUCCUUGCUCUCCCAUCGCAAUAUCCACACGAGAUUCAAUUCAAAGCAUAUUCAUCCUCCUCAGAAAUCAUGAGCCGAAAAGUAACCUCCAAAGACAUCGAGGAGCUCAGCUCUCUCCUCAGCGGAACUGAUGCGAAAAUCCUCACUUCGACUGAUGAGGGUUACGAACAAGCCAUUGAACGCUGGUCCAAAGCAGCCGAAAAACCAGCCGGUGUAGUGGUUGUUCCCACAGAUGCCUCCCAGAUUUCCAAAACCGUCAAAUUUGCAGCAGCCAAGAAACUCGAUGUUGCUGUACGGGGCGGCGGCCACUCAACAUCCGGCUCAAGCAGCACUGACGGUGGUCUCCUCUUUGACCUGAGCAAAAUACGACAAAUCACUGUUGAUCCCACCGCUAAAACAGUGAAAGUUGGCGGCGGCGCAAAUUGGGGUGAAGUUGACGCUGGACUCGCAAAGUACGGCCUCGCAACUGUCGGAGGAACGAUUUCAGACACUGGAGUCGGCGGCUUGACUCUGGGAGGCGGCUAUGGCUGGCUGUCCGGCAAAUAUGGAAUGGUUAUUGACAAUCUCAUCAGUGUCACGAUUGUCGUUGCAAGUGGCGAAAUCCUCAAAGCCUCCAAAGAGGAAAAUCCAGACUUGUUUUGGGGUCUGCGAGGCGCGGGCCAUAACUUUGGCGUUGUGACGGAAUUCGAAUUCCAGGCGUUCGAGCAGGGUGACAUGUGGGCUGGUGUGAUUGCCUUCAAGCCCGCACCUCCCAUCGUAGCACAAGUCGUUGCAGCCGUCAAUGACCUCUUUAUUGGGCCCAAGGACGGAAAGGGAUUCACCAAGCUCAAGGGCCAAGGUAUGGGUGGUCUUGUUCUUACACGCCCACCUGAGGCUGGUGGAAAGGUGGUCCUCGCAGUGGCUGUCGUUUUCAACGGAACUGAGGAGGAAGGAAAGAAGGCAUUCAAGGCUCUGUACGACAUUGGCCCUGUCAAUUCCACCAUGAAGACGGUGCCCUACCAUAUCGCCAACCAAACGCUUCAUGGUCCCAAAGGUUACCGCGUCAGCUUGAAAGGAGCUGUCUUCUCUUUGCCCCUGCAAGCCGAAUUCGUGCAAGAGGUCCUUGCCGAGUACACGAAGCUCACUGAAGAAGUCCCAGACUUGGCUGGAACUAUGAUCAUUUACGAGCUGUACGACCCUUAUGUCGUGAAUACACGGGCUUCCAAUCAGGACACGAGUUUCGCCAACAGAGGAUGGCACAUGAACGCCAUGGUUGCGCCGUACUGGUCCAAGCCAGAAAAUGACGCGCUGGGAAGGCAGUGGGCAAGAGACACCUCAGCUAUCUUUGACAGGUGGUUUGAGAAAUCUGGCCAAGAGCAACGAGCUGGUGACUAUGGAACGGUACUGGCAUAUGGAAACUAUGACCAUUACGACGGGAAGAAGUCCCAUGAUCUCUUUGGACUCAACUAUCCACGUCUGCAGAGCCUGAAGGCUAAGUACGAUUCGGGUAAUCUGUUCAACAAGCAAUUUGCAGUCACUCCAGCAUAGAUAAAUCAUUUGUGUUGGAAGUUGUUUGUUCUGGCGAGGCAUGCUGCGAUCUUGUUUAUGCUGUCGAUUUAUCUCCACUCUAGUUUAGAUGAAAUUCAUAUCCUUGGGUGUAGAUGUUAUGCGUGCUUAUGUGACUCUUGCAAUAUGUGUGACGCUACCAGAAGGCUUUACAUUUCCCUUUUACUCCGGCCCCACGUCAAAGUGUUUCUGUGUAUUAUAGCAAAGAAAUG